AUGAACUCCCUCAAGAUUGCUCGUGUGGCUCUGCGGGCGCGCCCUGCAGCUGUCAAGGCACCCCUUCUGCGCAGAGGAUAUGCUGAGGCUGUGUCGGAUAAGAUUAAGUUGAGCUUGGUUCUUCCUCAUCAGUCCAUCUACAAGUCGCAAGGAGUCGUCCAAGUCAACAUCCCCGCCGAAUCCGGAGAGAUGGGUAUCCUCGCCAACCAUGUUCCUUCAAUUGAGCAGCUGAAGCCCGGACUUGUUGAGGUUAUUGAGGAGAGUGGCUCCAGCAAGCAGUUCUUCCUCUCUGGAGGAUUCGCAACUGUCCAGCCAAACUCGGAAUUGAGCAUCAACGCCGUUGAAGGUUUCCCACUGGAGGAUUUCAACAUCGAGAACGUCCGAUCACAAAUCUCGGAGGCACAGAAGAUCGCUGCUGGAAGUGGAAGUGAGCAGGAUAUUGCUGAGGCGAAAAUUGAGCUCGAGGUUUUGGAGAGCUUGCAAGCUGCUCUCAAGUAA